UAGUAGCUACUUUGAUGAUUUAUAACAUUAAACAAUGUUGGUUUCUCUCUACGGAAAGAUUUGCUAGCGAAGUUUUCGGAUCUCUCUACGGAAAGAUUUGCUCGCGAAGUUUUCGGAUUCGAUUAAUGUUCUGAUUGCAUAAUGUCUUUGGCCUCAUGGCAGAACAACUGAUUAUUCAGAGUUGUUUCUGGGAUCGCGUCUUGACGAAGAUAAAUUAUCAAUGCGCCUGUGGUGCACAGAUCCGCCUCAUGGUGUUCCGUAGCGGGCAGUACUACAUGCACGUAGACGCUCCACAUGAGUAUCCUGUGUUGGUGGUUGAUUAUGAGGAUGAGGAUGUAUUUCACAUACAGAGUAAUCACUGCAACGUGAUCGUGCAGUUCUAUUGCUGGGGAGAAGUCGGAUAUAUUGUGUUUUAGCUCUGUCUUUUGUUGCCCAUAAGUAGCAUGUGAUUUUUGUUAUAAAUUUGGUAGAACAGAUUGGUCUAUGUGCAUGUUCUGGUUUGGAAUAAAUAUCAUCAUCUAUUUGGGUUUGUUAUUCCUUUCACUUGACGUAUGAGUAAAC